AUGAAGUGGUUUAAAAAGUCGCGUCCACCAACGCGAUCCCCAAAUUACGAGGAGACAGCGACCACCAAGCUGCUGGAGCAGUACAACAGGUUCUGGUUCAUCACUUGCAGCCCGGACUUCUGGAUCAAGAAGGUGAACUAUUCCGACACCAUCGUGAAGCUGUACCGACCCUCCAUGAUCCUCAACCACAUGGUGAUGGUGGUGUUCUGCACGUCGUGCACUCUGUCGAUGUGGACUCAGCAGGACCUGACGCCGGGCCAGCAGUCGGACCGCCUCGCCUACGGCCUCUCCACUCCUAUCAUCACUGUCUUCUACCACUUCGUGAUACUGUACUACACUGCUGACGUCAGAGAACUCAUGUAUCAGCUGGCGAUAGUCCUCAAAGCAGCGCAUAAUGAUAAGAAAGCUGAACAAGAAAUGAUACGUCAGUCCAAACUAUACAAUACGAUAUUUUUCUCCUCUUGUUUAUGCAAUAUGGUAUUAGUUGGAAUUUACAAUGCGUACAAAGCUUUCACAUCAGACGCAACAUUCAUCACGUGCGUUUCGGCGUGGCCGCAGCCCUCCGACACGUCCACGCUGGCCGGCGUCACCAGGGUCGUGGUAUACUUCACCUGGAUCUUCCACGUGGUACGCAACAUGGGCGUAUUCCUCAUCAUCCACACUGUACUGCUGUUCUUAGGACAACAGUACAAAAACCUUCAGAGCUACUUCGAAAGACUUAAUAAGAUUUUCGAAGAUGACUCGCUGAGUCAGCAUGACAAAGAUUUGAAGUAUGAGGAGAUGUUUAGGUACGGGAUACAACAGCAUGCGCUUACUUUAUGGUGUGUGGAUGAGAGUCAACGUCUCUUCAGGGUAACUUUCAGCUCCCACGUUCUUCUCUGGUGUGGACUGCUUAUUUCUAUUCUACCUGACGUGAUGAAUGACGACACGCAUUCGAUCGCUGUACUGAUGAAGAGCGCGCCGAGGUUUUCUUCUGCACUAGUCGGGCUCGGCUACUUCAUGUGGCCAGCUGGAGACAUUACUGUGGAGGCAUCCAGUUUGCCACAAGCUAUGUAUGGAUCUGGGUGGCAGAGCUGCAGCCAGGGAUCCGGGAGGAUCAGGAAACUGAUUGUGUUAGCGAUGAUGCAGGCACAGAGACCAAUAGAAAUAAAGGCAUUUGGUCAAUUUACUUUCUCUUAUGAAACGUAUGUUGCGAUCGUAAAGAUGUCUUAUUCGCUGUUCUCUGUGCUUUAUUAAGUACGACGACAACAGC